ACAAUCUCGCAGUUCCCAGCUAAGCAGUUGCACAACUUCCAGCAACUCUCUUAGCCGGUUACUAAUGAGCUGAAAGCCAGGAACAUCUGAGGAGGUGAGGAGUAGGCUUCCAAUCCUCUUCCCUUUACCCCAGAAAUCCAGACACCCCCAGCCCCCACCCUCAGAUAACUUUUGAGAUAAGAUCCUUUCUGCUCAUUUGUCUGUUGAACCAUGGCUCCCUUUGGAAGAAACUUGCUAAAGACUCGGCAUAAAAACAGAUCUCCAACUAAAGACAUGGAUUCAGAGGAGAAGGAAAUUGUGGUUUGGGUUUGCCAAGAAGAGAAGAUCGUCUGUGGUUUAACUAAACGUACUACCUCAGCGGAUGUCAUACAGGCUUUGCUUGAGGAGCAUGAGACUACAUAUGGAGAGAAACGAUUUCUUCUGGGGAAGCCCAGUGAUUACUGUAUCAUAGAAAAGUGGAGAGGCUCGGAACGAGUUCUUCCUCCACUGACUAGGAUCCUGAAGCUUUGGAAAGCAUGGGGCGAUGAGCAGCCCAAUAUGCAAUUUGUUUUGGUUAAAGCGGAUGCUUUUCUACCAGUUCCCUUGUGGCGGACAGCUGAAACCAAAUUAGUGCAAAACACAGAAAAGCCAUGGGAACUCAGUCCAGUGAAUUACAUGAAGACGUUACCACCAGAUAAGCAAAAAAGAAUAGUCAGAAAAACUUUUCGGAAACUGGCUAAAAUUAAGCAGGACACAGUUUCCCAUGAUCGAGAUACGAUGGAGACCUUAGUUCAUCUGAUUAUUUCCCAGGACCAUACUAUUCAUCAGCAAGUCAAGAGAAUGAAAGAGCUGGAUCUGGAAAUUGAGAAGUGUGAGGCGAAGUUCCACCUCGAUCGGGUAGAAAAUGAUGGAGAAAAUUAUGUCCAAGACGCUUAUUUAAUGCCCAGUUUUAGUGAAAUUGAGCAAAAACUAGACUUGGAGUAUGAUGAAAACCAGAUCCUGGAGGACCUGAGUAAAAGUAGUAGAAUCCUACAGCUGGAGGAACGACUAACAUAUUACAGAAUGCUCAUUGACAAACUCUCCACUGAAAUAGAAAAAGAGGUAAAAAGUGUCUGCAGUGGGAUACAUGAAGAUGCAGAAGGGGCGGCUGCAAGUGAACUUGAAAGCCUAAAUUUAGAAACUGUUAAGUGUGAUUUGGAGAAAAGCAUGAAAGCUGGUUUAAAAAUCCACUCUCACUUGAGUGGCAUCCAGAAAGAGAUUAAAUACAGUGACUCAUUGCUUCAAAUGAAAGCAAAAGAGUAUGAGCUCCUGGCCAAGGAGUUCAGUUCACUUCAUAUCAGCAACAACGAAGGUUGCCAGCUAAAGGAGAACAGAGGGAAGGAGUUUGAGGUCCCCAAAAGCAGUGGGCAGGGUCCUCCCUUCACUCAAAGAGUAUUUAACAUAUAUACAAAUGACACGGACUCGGACACUGGCAUCAGUUCCAACCACAGUCAGGACUCAGAAACGACCGUGGGGGACGUGUUGCUAUUGUCAACUUAACUUGAUUGGCUUCUUUCUGACCCACUUUACUGUGUUCGUGCUUGUUUAAUAGGAAACUUUAUUUUAAAUAUUACAUUCUGAAAAAUAUAAAUCCUGCUAAAAUAUUCCAUAGUUAAUAAACACUAGAGAAAGUGUAAGUUUGUUUUUGAUUUAAGAUAUCCAAGGUGAUACUUAAUUAUUCUAAAUACAAAGGAUGAACUGUUUAUUAGGAAUGUAGCACAAAUAGCUUGCAAGUAUAUGAGAGAAAUAAUUUGGUGAGGGUUAUAAUCUCCCAUAAUUUAAAAGAAAUUAUUUAUAUAAACUUUAAUUCUUAAUAUUAGGCAAUAUAUUCAAGCUACACACAUGAAUAGAUAAAAUGUGCUGUAAUAUAUUUUUUCAAUGCUGUAUUAUUGAAAUUUUUAAAUCUGUAAAGUAUAUGACAGCUACUCUAUUAUAACUAUAUUAAAUGAAAUUUUGGUUUGUCUCUUCGCUACUUAGAAAGUCCAUUAUCUCUGUCACUUCCUGCACUUCUCUACCUUCCCAGACAUAGAUCACAGCAGCGGGGCAGGGCUGCUGGUGGGAUAUGUACAAAGACCAGCAGGGGAUCAGAAUGGGGUAUUGAUGAGGAAGGGCCAAGUCCUGCAUGCAACAGCAAUUUUUCAAAAGAUCCUGGAGUUAUAUGUAUGUGCUUUCUCCAGCUAACAUCGCCAGUCUUCAGAUCAAGCCAGUGGUCUGUGCGGCUUCAUUGUCUGAAUAAGGUACCGGGUGGGUUACAGAGAAAAUCACCUGGUCAUAGUCCUGUUUGUUUACUCCCUACAAAAGUUGAAGGGGUGCAACUCAGGGUCCUUUGCGUGAGUAAAAAAAGACUCUGUAAGCCAUUUUAUCUGACAAUGCAGAGGGGAGUUCACAAGGAAAAACUUUAUUCUGCUACACUAUAAUUCAGAUUGUCUUUGUUGUGCUUUGUCUAAGGUGCAAACAACAACAACAAAAAAGCACGAGUUCAAUCCUCUACCCCCAAGCAUUCUAGUAAAUAUACAACAAAUUGGAUUAUUUACAUCAUGCCUUGACUAACAAUCAUUAUAAUGCCAGAUUGCUUGGAUUUGCCUAGGUUUUAGUUAGGAAGUUCCUGUCUUUCUCCCCUUUUCUCUUUUCUCUCAUGUCCUUGCUUGUGGUCAAUGAACACAUGUAUAAUAACAGUGAAAUAAUUUUAUUGUACUGCUAAGUGAAUGCCACCACAGUCUAUUUAUUUCUUUAGCCAACACUUCCCUUAGAAGUCAGUGCACAUGUAAGUAGAAAUAUUAUUUUACUUAUGUAUGAGUAACAAAUAUGUGAAUAUUGGGUAAGAUUCCCAGAAUUUUUCAUUUGUUCCAUUUUAGUCUUAUACUUACUGUGUAGUCCAUCUUUUAUUUCACUUUCUUAAUUUAUUUUUUCACUGCUCCAUCACCCAGACUUUUCACCAAUAUUUGGGAAAAUAUUUAAAAUUCCACUUUCAAGGAGCAUCUAUGUUAUUAUUUCUUGCACAAGGAUAUUGCUGAAUGCUUUAUUUGUAAGAAAAAUUCAUUCCAGAACCAGUACAGUGAUAAAGAGUAUAUAAUAAUGCCAACAUAAGUUUUAAUUUUUGAAGAGAUCGAAUAGUCAUCUAAAACAGGAUAGUUUAUCUGCCUAAAAUUCUAUUAAAUCAUUCAGCAAUAUGGUAUAUUUAUUGUUACUUUUGGGGAUUGAGUUUAGAUCAUC